UUGGCCAAGGUAAAAACGCCAACCUAGUUGGCGUUUUACCGUUGUACUAAAAGCGCCAGCCUAGUUGGCGUUUUUGUAUCGAGUAUAUUUCGCAAAUUACUUCUAUUUUUUUCAUUGUUCUUCAAAAAACAAAAAACCCCUAAUUCCCAAACUCUAACCCGCGCAUGGUCCUUGGCCAAUCCUCCAUAUUUGCAGCAAAUUCAUCACUUCCCAUUGCUUAGAUCUUCAUCAUACUCACUAAAAAUUAUUCCUCCUUUGUUUAACACCUUUACACAGUAAAUUAAUCGUAUUUGAGAACAUGGCUUCGCAAUUGAUUGUUUUGUUAUGCCGUUGGGAGGGUGAAAUUUUGUGUCGAAUCGAACGGCGAGUAUAGAGGAGGAAAAAUGGAACCAUUGGCAUUGAAACCUUGUACGACUUACAAUGAUUUGUUGAAGAAGGUUUAUACUAUAACUGGUUCGAACCCAACGAAUGUUGAACUGAACAUUAAAAUGAGGUUUGAGAGUGUAAGUGGGAUUCAAAUCUUACCUAUUUUGAAUGAUGACCAUUUGGAGAUUUUGAGGGGUGUCGUUGCAAUGAGGUCUCUUCCCACUAAUUUGUAUGUGGAAAUGGUGCCUAUAUGUACUCAACAGACUAUUCGAUUGACAGAGCAGCAACCUAUAUAUCUUCCCUCAUACAAUACAAGCUCGUUACAAAUGCCCUCAUACAACAUUCCUUCAUUUGAAUAUGGAAUGGGAUCUUUCAGUAGAAUGUUACACGACGAUCAAUUUGACAUUCCAUUCAGUUCACAUUUUACUGCACCUGUACAUGAAGGGGUGCCGGUGUCAAUGUUGCAGCAACCUGGUCCAUCUACCUCAAACAAUGACAUUUCAUCACCAAUGCAGUUGCACAGUUACUCUCCCACGCAAGAACAUGUUCAAGCAACACCAUCUCAAACUUUGGUGAUUGCGAAAACGGUUGUAAACAACGAAUUGUCUGCUCUUGAUAUGUAUGAGGAUACAAAUGACGAGGGUGAGGGCAAAGAUGAGGAAGAUGUUAUAAACAACGAAUUGUUUGUUGAUGAUGCUGUGGCUAGAACUCCAUUGCCUUGGUUCACUCAAAUAAAUGAGAACUAUGAGGUGGACAUGUAUUGGGCUGAUUCCAGUAACCAGACUUCGUUUGUUGUCGGGGGAGAAUUUGAGAAGGGCAUGAUUUUUGACAGUAAGAAAGUGCUCCAAGAAAUGGUGAAACUGUAUUCCAUACAACGGAAUCAGUUAUACACCACGGUGACCUCGAAUGAGAAUGUCCUUCAUCUUAAAUGCAAGAGGAAGUGUGGUUGGUCGCUACGUGGUAUAAAAACAAAUUUGAACACACAUGCCUUUAAGAUCGUAUCUUACAAGGGCCCACAUUGUGAGAACUGCGUGAAUGAAGUUCCGCCUAGCGAUCAGUGACACUUGGACUCCUGCAUUAUAUGUGACUAUGUGAAGUCAUUUGUGAAGAAAGAUCCAUGUUUAAGAGUUGAAUUCAUACAACAUCUCAUCUCCAACAAAUUUCAAUUUGUUGUUCCCUAUCGAAGAGCAUGGUAUGCCAAACAGAAAGCUAUUGCUGAAAUUUUUGGGGAUUGGGACAGUUCGUACGACAAACUUCCUUUUUCAUGCAAGCCUCCAAGAGUCAAACCCGGGCACCAUAGUUUUAUGGAAAUACAAAGCUAUUGCUGAAGGCUUUUACUACAGCAACAUGGAGGUGUUUGAACGAGUGUUUUGGGCCUUCAAGCCUUGCAUCGAUGGGUUUAAACAUUGCAUGCCUGUUCUCUCUAUCGAUGGGAAACACUUGUACGGGAAAUAUAAAGGCACACUUUUGGUUGCUACAAGGCUAAUUUUCAGGUAUUUCCUCUAGCAUUUGCAAUAGUUGAAGGGGAAAACACCUCUAGUUGGUCUUGGUUUCUAAGCUGCAUUCGGGUUCAUGUUACUAAUCGAGAUGGCCUAUAUGUUAUAUUUGACCGACAUGCUGGGAUUAUUGUUGUAAUGACUGACCCGAAUGUUGGGUUUCAUCAGCGACGGGCAUUUCACAGGUUUUGCGUUUGACACAUGGCCUCUAACUUUAGGACUCAUGUGAAGAACAACAACAUGAGAGGUAGGUUCAAGGAUGCUGCUUACCAACGCCAAGAAAAAAAAAAAUUGAUGAAGAUAUGCAUUCGAUCGGUGAAUCAUGUGUCAAGUCCCUAGAGUACAUUAUGGAUGUGCCAUUUCGCAGCUGGUCCUUGUUUCAUACGCUAGUCGUAGGUAUGGAAUAUGUACUACAAAUUUCUCAGAAACAUUUAACAAUGUGUUGAAAGGAGCUCGUUUUCUGUCGAUCAUGUCCCUAGUCGAGUUAACUUUCCACAAAGUUAACAAGUAUUUUAAUAUAAAAAGGGAUAGUUCACUUACUAGUCGUGCUGACGGUUAUGCAUACUCACCUAAGGUCACUUCCAUUUUGGAGAAGAAUAAUGGAAAAGCAAAAUACCAUACAGUGGAUAUUUAUAGCUGUCAGCUUGGUAUAUACCAAGUAAAAACACACCGGGGAGAGAGGAUAGGCAGAAAAGGAGGUCAUAAGCAUACCGUUAACUUCAAUUUGAGAACAUAUACAUGCAACAAGCCUAUGAUAUUUCACCUACCGUGUUCUCAUGUUCUAGCCGUGAGUCUUAAGUAUUCAGUUUCUGAGGAACCAUGGGUGGACAGUUUCCUACGAUCAGAGGCGUAUGAAUACUUAUGUCCCACAGUUCUGGCCUAUUCCUUGUGAGACGACGUGGAGGACAUACAGAGGGCCUAAAAUCAUUCCUGAUGAGAGCAUGGUCCGAGGACAUGGUCGGCCAAAGUCGAAGCAUAUACAAAAUGAAAUGGAUGAGACUAACCGUCCACCAAGCAAAUGUGGUCGUUGUCAUUAGGAAGGACACAAUAAGAGAACUUGUCCGUUACGAACGGGCGGUGACUGAGAUCAUGGAGGGACACGAUCAGGGACCGCCACGAGCUGACCCAGGACCAGCUGACCCUUCUGUCCUGACACUUCAGGGCACCCAUCGGAGCCGUGACAUAUGGGAGCAGUUAGUUGAUCCAGCACGGUGCUUGCUUUGCAGGCACCACGUUGGCAGGGCGGUGGAAGAUUGGGUCGUCGACCCGCGUGUGCUUUAUUACAUUGGUUUUGUGGGUUUUCACGGAUUUCAUAGGAUGGCCUUCACACUUAUAGAUUGAGCGCGCUUAUUAAUGCGCUCGUUGAGAGAUGGAGACAGGAGACUUACUCCUUCCAUCUACAAGUUGGGGAGGCCACCGUCACGCUCUGAGAUAUGGCGAUACUGACACGAAUCCCAAACGGGUAGUGACAGGGCCCAUUAUAGAGGACCCUCGUGGCCUUGUUAAGAGGGUGUUAGGGGUGAGGCCUGAGGUCGCCGAUAUUAAAGGCACAUGGAUAAGACGCAUAUGGUUACGAGAGACAUUUGGGGUGUUGCCUCCUGAUGCUGAUGAUGGAGCCGUUCAGAGAUACGCUCGUGCGUACAUGUUCAUGUUGAUAGGAUUGUUAUUUAGUAACAAGAGUGGUAGUCACAUACAGUUGAUCUACCUACAGCUGUUAGAGAACAACUGGGAGCGGAUAUGUGACUACAACUGGGGUAGUGCGUGUCUGGCGACCUUGUAUUGCCAUCUAUGUAGAGCAUCCCAGUGAGAUAGAUGGGAGAUCGGCGGUCCCUUGAUCGUGCUUCAGUUAUGGGCUUGGGAGCACAUCCACGUUGGUAGGCCAGCUAGGGCUGCUAGCCGUCGGCGGCAGGGUGGCCAGGAGGAGGAAGACGAUCAGGAGCAUGCAUAUGAGGCUUCGCCACUCCCUCCACUAGACCUGACAUACGGUUGCAGGGAUGUAUGACUUAUUGUUAAGUUUUCUAGAUACCGCUUUAUUUUGCUAAUAAUUUCUCAUGAACGUUGUUAUUAUAUAUAAUUGGGUGGCUGGUGAGGAGAAUUACUCGUGUGCAUGCAACAAGGGGUUUACCGUAUUAUAGAGACGCAUUCGAUAGACUAAGCGAGUCUCAGAUGACGUGGGAUCCGUACGUCGCUGACUUAGUCGAUGCCAUGCCCCUAUAUCUUUGUGAUCAUCAGAUGGAGUGGCGUGAUAUGACAGUCCUCAUCUGUUUUGAGGAAGUGGAGGUUUACCUCCCCGACAGAGUUAUGCGACAGUUCGGCCUUUGUCAGGCCGUCCCCGCCACGUGUGACACGAGUGUCCACUUGGACAAGACAGACCGACGAGGAAAGGGGGACGUGAGCUGGGCAGUUCAGCAUGCCCCUUUCAUUGACAUGUGGGAUCAGCGGUUGCAGCACAUCGUGGAUGGUGCGCCUUUCCAAGGCCGGAUGGAGUAUCACGAUCCAUACAUGGCAUUUGAUAUGUUGGCUAUACAUGAUGCACUGGGAGUCUUGAGCAUAUCAUAUCCCACCAUACCGCAAAUAGAUGAAAUUCAAGCGAUGACUGUGACUAGCUUACAAAGACAUGGUCAUGGUCAUCUUAUCCAGAGGCAGGACCAAUCAUAGCAACAGUACGGUGGAGUCUCCCAACAGCAUUCACACUGUGAGGUAGGCUAGAGUAGUAGGGGACAAACUCACACGUCCCCUACGACGUCCUCGCAGUUUGGUGAAAUCCCGGAGGAUUUCACCGUACCCAUGUCUGCGCCAUACUUAUCACAGGAAGGACCAUCGUCCAACCAACAAACUCCUCCCCCAGAUCUUUUCAGAACUGUAACUCAUUACGUUCGUCGUCGGAGACCAUGAGUUGAUAGAGAGCAAUUACGUCGAAUAGAUGAAUCAGGAUCUUAGAAUUGCUUUUGUCAGUUUGUUGUAAUCGGAUUCUCUAGUACGUUGUAUACAAACAAAUAUUAUUAAUAUA